UCUGCUGCUUUUGACACUGUUGACCACUCUCUUCUCAUACAAACACUACAAUCCCUAGGUAUUCAGGACACGGCCCUUUCUUGGUUCUCAUCCUACCUAUCUAAUCGCUCCUUCUCUGUAUUGGGCCGUGUCACUGAAUGCCUUUCUGCCAUUUCAUCUUGGAUGACAUCUCGCCACCUCAAACUUAAUAUUUCCAAAACAGAAUUAAUUAUAUUUCCACCGGCCAAUAGUAGUUUCCAACCAGAUAUCUCUAUCACUGUUGAGAACUCUGCAAUCACCCCUACCCCACAAGCUCGCUGCCUAGGUGUCAUUCUUGACUCUGAAUUGUCCUUUGUUACCCACAUUCAAUCUGUCUCAAGAUCAUGUUACAUACAUCUAAGAAACAUAUCCAAAAUACGCCCUUAUCUUACACAAGACACAGCAAAAACUCUAAUCCAUGCUCUCAUUAUCUCCCGCAUUGAUUAUUGUAAUAGUCUCCUGACCGGUCUUCCCAAACAUAGGCUCUCACCACUACAAUCCAUUUUGAAUGCAGCUGCGAGGCUAAUCUUCCUUGCCAGACGUUCAUCGUCUGCAGAUCCGCUCUGUCAGUCCCUCCAUUGGUUACCGGUAUUCUACCGUAUUAAAUAUAAAAUACUUUUACUCACAUACAAGGCUAUUAACCAAACUGCACCAACAUACAUCUCUUCA